UUCUCGCAGCUCAGCCAUCUCCGGGGCAAUAAGUCCUCAUCUCUGCCAGUGCUCAGUCUUUCCCAUCUGGGUCCAUAACCAAAUCCCAAGGCUGUGAACAGCCUGCCUGGGAGGCUGCAGUACAGCUGCAUCUGGGCCGAGGCUGCCCCCCAGGGCAACCGGAGCUGGGGCUCCCUGUGUGCUUUCCCUCCAAAGCACUGUUUCUAAGGAUGAGUAGCCACGCCAAUAGCCUUUUCCUGAGGGAGAGUGUUUCCCAACGUCUCGGGAGGCAAAGUUGGCUACAAGGGUUGCAGGACUCCAUGCAACAGCGUGCUGCUCGAACCCGGUUGCAAAUCCAAACUAUGAACCGGGAGCGAUUGUUCCGAUUCCUACGAAGAAAUGCCUUCAUUCUUCUCACAGUCAGUGCUGUGAUCAUAGGGAUCAGCCUUGCCUUUGCUCUCCGCCCUUAUCAACUGACUUAUCGACAGAUUAAAUACUUCUCUUUUCCUGGAGAGCUGCUGAUGAGAAUGUUGCAAAUGUUGGUUUUGCCUCUCAUAGUCUCCAGCCUUAUCACAGGUAUGGCAUCUCUGGACAACAAGGCUUCAGGACGGAUGGGGAUGCGGGCUGCUGUUUACUACAUGGUGACAACGGUCAUUGCAGUGUUCAUUGGCAUCCUCAUGGUCACUAUCAUCCAUCCUGGGAAAGGAUCAAAGGAAGGGCUGCAUCGGGAGGGCCGUAUUGAAUCCAUCCCUACAGCUGAUGCCUUCAUGGAUCUUGUCAGGAAUAUGUUCCCACCCAAUCUUGUGGAAGCCUGCUUCAAACAGUUCAAGACCCAGUACAGCACCAGGGUGGUGACCAGGACUGUCAUGAAGAUGGAAAACAGAACAGAACUGGGUAUCUCUCCUUCACCUCUUUCUUUAAUGGACAAUGGUACUAGUGUCUUGGACAAUGUUACCCGUGCCCUUGGCACCCUACAAGAGGUAAUGAGUUUUGAGGAGACUGUGCCUGUACCUGGCUCAGCUAGUGGAAUCAAUGCUCUGGGCUUGGUGGUAUUCUCAGUCAGUUUUGGCCUGGUCACUGGCAGCAUGAAACAAAAGGGCCAUGCCCUGAAGGUAUUCUUCAACAGCCUCAACGAAGCCAUCAUGAGACUCGUUGGUGUCAUUAUCUGGUAUGCUCCUGUGGGUAUCCUCUUCCUCAUUGCUGGGAAGAUCCUAGAGAUGGAGGACACAGCUGUGGUUGGUGGACAGCUGGGCAUGUACACACUGACUGUUAUCGUGGGCUUGCUCAUCCAUGCCGGGGGUGUUCUUCCACUCCUCUACUUCCUCAUCACACACAAGAACCCCUUCCCCUUCAUCGCUGGUAUGCUGCAGGCCCUCAUCACAGCCAUGGGCACUUCUUCCAGCUCAGCAACUCUGCCCAUCACCUUCCGAUGCUUGGAGGAGAAUCUUGGUGUGGAUAGACGUAUCACCAGGUUUGUGCUGCCUGUGGGAGCAACCAUCAACAUGGAUGGCACUGCCCUCUAUGAAGCCUUGGCAGCUAUCUUCAUAGCCCAAGUCAACAAUUAUGAACUCAACUUGGGACAGAUCACGACUAUCAGCAUUACAGCCACAGCUGCCAGCAUAGGGGCUGCAGGCAUUCCCCAGGCUGGCCUUGUCACCAUGGUCAUUGUGCUUACAUCAGUGGGGCUCCCAACUGAAGACAUCACUCUCAUCAUAGCUGUGGACUGGUUCUUGGACCGCCUCCGAACUACCACUAAUGUUCUAGGGGAUUCAGUGGGUGCUGCCAUCAUUGAGCAUCUGUCUCGGAAGGAGUUGGAGCUGCAGGAUGCUGAACUAAGCCUCCCAAGCCUCGGAAAGUCUUAUCAGCUUAUCGCUCAGGAGAAGGGAGCCAAUCGAGCUCGGGGAGGCAAUGAAAGCAAUAUGUGAAUGACUGAUGGGUCCCCAGGCUAGAGCCAGAGUCAAACUGCCCAUAGCUGGAGGACUAGAAACCCAUAUCUGAGGGUUCCUGGCCCAUCUGGUUUUGAGUCCAAAGGCACCAGCUGCUCGGCCCUAUCUGGAUCCUUUAGAAGAAAAAUAAUGAAAGUUUAUACAAGGUUUCAUUUCCUGCUCAGUAUGUUGGGAGUUAACCUUCACAGCCUAGGCAUAAGGGGUGAUAUGGAUAUGAAUAAAACCCAGCUCAUCCUAGGAUUUCUUGAGGGGGGAAGGGAGGGAACAACAUAUACAAAUGUUCUCUGGGGAAGAGGGGGAAGGGAAAAGUCUGUGUUCCUGUGAUACUGGACUGUGUGUGUCGGAAGCCCUUGUGCUAGUGUUCCCAAGGAAGAAAGAGAAAGAAGAAGUGUUAGAGCAUCUCCUGGGAAGCAAGGAAGAGGAGGGAGAGGAGACUAAGUAGCAGCAGUCCCUAGUCUAGGGUUCCUUGAGAAAGAAAGGGAAAUUGAGGGGAGAGAGUGGCAUGAGAAAUGAUCUUUGUCUCUCUGCUUGAAGAUCCAGACCUUUUACUGGUACAGACUCCCCUCCCCCUAAUCUUGGUCCCAAGUAAAUCUUCCUAUCCACCUUU